ACAUAUUUUGAUGCACCAGAGGGCGAUAACCCAGUGGCAAUUAAAAUGAACGGCAUGGCAAAGGGUAUGGUUUGGGUCAACGGUCAAAGCAUUGGCCGAUAUUGGGUUUCUUACAUCUCACCAAUUGGGAGCCCAACUCAAGAAGAGUAUCACAUCCCAAGAGAAUACUUGAAGCCCAAGGAUAAUCUAUUAGUGGUGUUUGAGGAAACCGGCGGGAACCCGGAGAAGAUGGAAAUAGUGACCGUUAAUCGCGACACGAUCUGUAGCGUUAUCACCGAGUAUCACCACCCGCACGUGAAAACAUGGGAGAGAAAAAACAACGAGUUUCGAAACAUAACUGACCCGAUAAAGGCCGCUUACCUCACGUGCCCCGACCAUAAGGUCAUCGACAAAGUCGAGUUUGCAAGCUUUGGGAACUCGGACAAUGCUUGCGGAUCCUUCAAGCCCGGCUCGUGUGACUCCACCGCGGUUCAUGACCUUGUUGAGAAG